CGGAAACACCUCCGGGUUCAGGGUGACGGCCACGAGCGACAGCCAUCGGCACGUACACCCAGGGUGCGCUCGCUUCGUUCACUUUGAUGUUCAGGUGUAUUUGUUUCUGCGUUUCGCCGCGCGGCCCCUCGGGUCCAGCGCUGAAGUAUUUCAACACAUGAAUAUGUUGAAUUUGAGCGUUAUGGAAAUAAAGAAGGCCAGAGGGAUGUAGUUUUAUUUUAUCUAAUCGUGCACAUGUUGGAGAAGUCGAGAUCCACUCAUAAAUUUUUUUUUUUUCAGUGUACACUAGGAGUUGAAGUUGAGAAUGAGGAAAGUUGUGAUGGAUAAUUUAACUUUCUUUUUCCAAAUCUGUCCAGUCGGAGGUUUAUUCAACCCGUAAGAUUGUUGGACCGAUCAGGUUUUUUUUUUUUUUAUCUGACUUUUUCAGAAUGUUAGGAUGACGUCCCAAACCUCAAAGUUGGGAUGAACUGGUCAUGUCUUUUUCACUUCUGCCAACUCUCCAGCGUGCUGUUCGAUGAAACCGUGACCCGAACCGAAGUGACGGUCACGCCGCUGCCGCCGGGCUCCAGGACGACGCUCGGUGUGACGGCGCUGACGGCCGACAACACUCUGGAGGGACGCCGAGUGACCGCCGUCACCUACACCGCUCCCGGGCGGAUUUCAAACCUGACUUUGACCACCACGGUCAACUCCCUCACGGCCACGUGGGCGCCGCCCGAGGGCGACUCGUUACGUUUCAUCGCGGAGCUCCGCCUGGAGGACGGAGGUGGAGCCGCAACCGACAACCUCACCGAACCCAGGCAGCACUUUGAGGGCCUGAAGACCGCAGCCAACUACACGGUGACGGUCUCCGCCUUGAGUGGACCUUUCCGAGGCCCGUCGGCGGGAGCCUCCAAGUUCACCGCGCUGUUGCCGCCGACUAACGCCACGGUAAAUUCCUCCGACAAACACCAGAUCACCUUCCAGUGGUCGGCCCCUGACAACAUAGCGAGGGCCACGUACUCAGUCAGGGUCAACAGCAGCUUCUGGGGCCACAACCGCUCCGAGGAUUUGGACGAGAUCACCUUCCACAGGUUCGACGGCUUGAAAUCGGGGACCAAGUACGACUUUGAAGUGCGAACGGUGGCGGAUGGAAAGUCCAGUAGCGCAGCGGUGGCGUCACAUUACACAGACGCAGAGAAAAGGGAAAUCGGUCUGUCGAUGUCGUGCUCCUCGCCUAAACCUCUCCUCUGUGACGAGCACGCCACCAGGGAGCGCGUGUUCCGUCAGGUAAUCAAACCCCUCAGCGCCCCGCACAGCCGGGGUGAGUCGGCACAAAGGUUGUUUUAGUCUACAACGUACACUUCUCUUCGUGUGUGUGUGUGUGUGUGUGUGUGUGUGUGUGUGUGUGUGAACAUGUCAAC